AUGACGACAGCAAAAGUAUACCGAAAUAGUUCGUGGAUUGAUAAACGUAUUGAAGUGCGUGAAUCACCAAUACAUGGCAAAGGUUUAUUUGCACGCGAACCAUUAGCUGUUGGUGAAAUAAUUAUUGUCUGUGGUGGUCAGUUAUGGCCAAGAACAACACCAUUAGAAACUCUUUUGAAUCAAGUACAUCGUGAUAGUAUUGUUCCUCUUGAUGAUGAAUAUUAUUUAUGUAUGAAUAUUAAUGAUCCACCAACAAAUGAUAUAUAUAUGAAUCAUUCAUGUAAUCCGAACACAUGGUUACAAGAUGAAUGUACGGUCGUAGUUAGGUCACCGAUUAAUCGUAAUGAUGAAAUAACUACUGAUUAUGCAAUGAUUUCGGAUGAUGAUAUAGUUAUAACGGAAUCGUGUCAGUGUAAAUCGGAUCAAUGUCGACGUUUAAUCACACUGAAAGAUUGGAUGAGACCAGAAUUACAAGAACGUUACUUUGGACAUUUUUUACCAUUUUUAAAUAACAAAAUUAAACUUCUUCAGGAAAGUCAGAAAUCUAUCUCAAAAUGA